UCAAAAUUGAAAGAUGACAAAGUGGGGUUAAGUUUUCAAUUUUGUUAUGUUUAUAAUUCCUUUUCGCUCCCUUACACCGGUAUUACAAAAAUCUGAUCAUAUUUUUACCCAAAUACUUUCAAAGAGUUCAUCACAACAAAACAUGGUUAAGAAAGCUUUGGUUUUUCUCGCACCAGGUGCCGAAGAAAUGGAAUUUGUUAUUGCAGUAGACGUCUUGAGAAGAGGCGGUGUCGAUGUUACCGUAGCCGGUAUACCUGAUAGCAAUGUAGUUAAAUGCAGCAGAGAUGUCUACAUCAAGCCAGACAUUGGCGUGGCCCAGUCCAGUGCCAAAGGCCCUUACGAUGUAGUUGUCUUACCUGGAGGCUUAGGUGGUUCAAAAGCUAUGGCCGAGUCACAAGAAGUGGGCAAUAUUUUAAAGAACCAAGAAUGCAGUGGUGGACUCAUAGCCGCCAUAUGUGCAGCUCCUACAGUUUUAAAAGCACAUGGAAUUGCAGAAGGCAAAGAGCUAACAUCGUAUCCAGCAAUGAAAGCACAAUUAGAAGAAGGAGGCAAAUAUAAAUACAGCGAAUGCAAGGUGGUGGUUGAUGGAAAUCUGAUUACUUCGAGGGGACCAGGAACGGCUUUCGAUUUUGCUUUAACUGUGGUAGAUCAACUGGUGGGUAAAGAUAAAGCUGUCGAAGUUGCUAAAGCUAUGUUGCUCGACUAUUAAAAUGGAGGAGUUUGAUAAAAAUGUGAUGAAAUUUGUGUAUAUUUAGUGAUUAUUUGUUGUAAAAUUAAUUAAACUUGGUUUGUAUUGCAUUAAUAUUACUUAUUGAAGCACAAAUAAAAAUAAUAAUUUAUAUGAG